CGGAAACGAGCCGUGAGUGAGAGCUCUUCAUGUGAUCGCCUCUCUCUGCUGCUCACUGUAAACGUAAGGGACGUCAUACGUCGAGCGCCGCACAGAAAUCCGUCACUAUUGGACCUUCGGAAGCCUAUCGAGGUUCUGUUCGGGACCAUUUUACCUCCGGGUUUAACGUAAGACUUUUCGUGUCGGGUUCACGUCCACGUAGCUACGAGCACAUACGGUGCCGACUAAACUAUUUCCACGACCGCCCGAAAACAUUUGAGUGAAACGAAAGUUGAGUCGAGAUGAGUGUGGAGGCAUACGGGCCAAGCUCCCAGACCCUCACCUUUUUGGACACGGAGGAAACGGAGUUACUCGGAGCGGACACCCAGGGCUCCGAAUACGACUUCACCGACUUCACCCUCCCGAGCCAGACUCAGACCCAGGGCCAGACCCAGAGCCAGCUGGAAAGCCAGGUGAACGGUCCCGAUGAGGGGCUCCAUAACGGCGGAGUGGAAGAUUCUGUGGCUAAAGCCAGUCAGUUAUUGGCAGAACUCAAUUUCGAGGAGGAUGAAGAAGACGCCUACUACACGAAGGACCUGCCCGUGCACGCUUGCAGCUAUUGUGGUAUUCACGAUCCAGCCUGUGUGGUUUACUGCAACACCAGCAAGAAGUGGUUCUGCAAUGGACGUGGAAAUACAUCUGGCAGCCACAUAGUAAAUCAUUUGGUGCGAGCCAAAUGCAAAGAGGUGACACUUCACAAAGAUGGACCUUUGGGAGAGACUGUGCUGGAGUGUUACAACUGUGGGUGUCGCAACGUCUUCCUCCUGGGUUUCAUCCCUGCCAAGGCUGAUUCUGUAGUGGUGCUGCUCUGUAGACAGCCUUGUGCCAGCCAGAGUAGCCUGAAAGACAUCAACUGGGAUAGCUCCCAGUGGCAGCCGCUGAUCCAAGACCGCUGUUUUCUCUCAUGGCUGGUGAAGAUCCCGUCGGAGCAGGAGCAGCUGCGUGCCCGGCAGAUUACUGCCCAGCAAAUCAACAAGCUGGAGGAACUCUGGAAGGACAACCCCACUGCCACCUUGGAGGACUUGGAGAAGCCUGGUGUUGAUGAAGAGCCCCAACAUGUGUUGCUGCGCUAUGAGGAUGCCUACCAGUACCAAAACAUUUUUGGUCCUUUGGUCAAACUGGAGGCUGACUACGACAAGAAGCUCAAGGAGUCUCAGACCCAAGAUAAUAUAACAGUAAGGUGGGACUUGGGACUGAAUAAGAAGCGGAUUGCAUAUUUCACUCUGCCGAAGACCGAUUCAGGUGAUAUGCGCUUGAUGCAAGGUGAUGAGAUCUGCCUGCGCUACAAAGGAGACCUGGCUCCGCUGUGGAAAGGGAUCGGCCAUGUCAUCAAAGUUCCAGACAACUAUGGGGAUGAAAUUGCUAUUGAGCUGAGGAGUAGUGUUGGAGCCCCUGUGGAAAUUCCUCAUAACUUCCAGGUGGACUUUGUGUGGAAGGCUACUUCCUUUGACAGGAUGCAGAGUGCUCUGAAGACCUUUGCUGUGGAUGAAACCUCUGUGUCAGGCUAUAUUUACCACAAGCUGCUGGGUCACGAGGUGGAAGAUGUUACCAUCAAGUGUCAGCUCCCCAAGCGCUUCACUGCCCAGGGCCUACCUGAUCUCAAUCACUCACAGGUGUAUGCUGUGAAGACGGUGCUACAGAGGCCUCUCAGUCUUAUCCAGGGUCCUCCUGGUACUGGCAAGACUGUUACCUCUGCCACUAUUGUCUAUCACCUUUCACGUCAGGGCAACGGACCAGUCCUGGUGUGCGCUCCCAGUAACAUUGCAGUGGACCAGUUAACCGAGAAGAUUGACAAGACUGGGCUUAAGGUGGUCAGGCUGUGUGCUAAAAGCCGUGAGGCUAUUGAGUCACCAGUGUCUUUUCUGGCGUUGCAUAACCAGAUCAGCAAUAUGGACAGCAUGCCAGAACUUCAGAAACUUCAGCAGCUAAAGGAUGAGACCGGUGAGCUGUCUUCUGCUGAUGAGAAGCGCUACAGAGCCCUGAAACGCACCGCUGAGAGGGAACUGCUUAUGAACGCGGAUGUGAUCUGCUGCACCUGUGUUGGCGCAGGAGACCCUCGCCUGGCCAAGAUGCAGUUUCGCUCCAUCCUGAUUGACGAAAGCACCCAGGCCACCGAGCCUGAGUGUAUGGUGCCUGUUGUUCUUGGAGCAAAGCAGCUCAUCCUGGUGGGUGACCACUGCCAGCUUGGUCCUGUGGUGAUGUGUAAGAAGGCAGCCAAGGCAGGCUUGUCUCAGUCGCUGUUUGAGCGCUUGGUGGUUCUGGGUAUCCGGCCAAUUCGCCUUCAGGUCCAGUACCGAAUGCAUCCAGCUCUCAGUGCCUUCCCAUCUAACAUCUUCUAUGAGGGCUCCUUGCAAAAUGGCGUCACGGCAGCUGACCGCAUCAAGAAAGGCUUUGACUUCCAGUGGCCACAGCCAGACAAACCCAUGUUCUUUUAUGUGACUCAAGGCCAGGAGGAAAUUGCUAGCUCUGGAACCUCCUACCUGAAUAGGACCGAGGCUGCAAAUGUAGAGAAAAUCACCACUAGGCUGUUAAAGGCAGGUGCCAAGCCUGACCAGAUUGGGAUCAUCACCCCAUAUGAGGGUCAGCGUUCCUACCUGGUCCAAUAUAUGCAGUUCAGUGGCUCUCUUCACACUAAGCUCUAUCAGCAAGUGGAAAUUGCAAGUGUGGAUGCCUUCCAGGGCAGAGAGAAAGACUUCAUCAUCCUGUCGUGUGUUCGUGCCAACGAGCACCAGGGUAUCGGCUUCUUGAAUGAUCCACGUCGACUUAAUGUGGCUUUGACCAGAGCCAAAUAUGGAGUGAUCAUUGUGGGGAACCCCAAGGCCCUUUCUAAGCAGCCUUUGUGGAACAACCUGCUGAACAACUACAAGGAGCAGAAGGUCCUCGUGGAGGGACCCCUCAACAACCUGAGGGAGAGCCUCAUGCAGUUCAGCAAGCCACGCAAGCUAGUCAACACCAUCAAUCCUGGUGGACGUUUCAUGAGCACUGCGAUGUAUGAUGCCCGUGAAGCUCUCAUUCCUGGUUCAGCCUACGACCGCAGCAAUACUGUUGGUCGCCCGUCAAACAUGUAUUUCCAAACUCACGACCAAAUCGGGAUGAUUGGGGCGGGCCCUGGUCACAUGGCUGCGAUGAAUCUCCCAAUACCCUUCAACCUGGUGAUGCCCCCCAUGCCUCCGCCCAGCUACUUAGGCCAGACUAACGGCCCCGCUGCAGGCCGUGGAGCUAUGAAGGGGAAUAAGCCAGGACGUGGUGGGCGCCAGAGGCCCCGUGGCUCAGCAACCCAAGGUGCCGGUCACGGGCUAAACAGCCAAGCCAGCCAGGAUGGGGCGUCCCAGUCCUUCUCACAGGGGCCACUGACUCAAGGCUACAUCUCAAUGAGUCAGCCUUCCCAGAUGAGCCAGCCUGGUCUCUCCCAGCCAGAACUGUCCCAGGACAGUUACCUGGGUGACGAGUUCAAGUCCCAAAUCGAUGUGGCUUUGUCUCAGGACUCGACUUACCAGGGUGAACGUGCAUACCAGCAUGGUGGGGUGACCGGCCUGUCACAGUACUAGAGUGUUGCUUGAAGAAGUGAGCUAGGCUUGAGCUGAGCUUAGUUCACUAGCUUUUUAAUCUGGGAAAUAAUAAAAUCAUUAAAUGGAUACCUGUUUUCCUCUGCUACAACCGAAGCACUACCGAGUGAAAGCGACGGAAUAGCAAACCAAUGACCAGCGAGAGAAAUAAGAGGGUAGAAGACGAGGGCACGGAGAGACGGGCGGGGAGGAGGCGAAAGGCCGGUGGACGGGCAGGAGGCGGGCACCGACGGUGGUGCGACGAGUGAGGAGGGAAGUCGACAAGAUGGUCACGUGUUGUCGAGCUGCCGAGGGGAAGCGAGGGGACGCGGCAACAGUCUCGAGGCUCAAACGCCAACCCAAAUGUCCAACAAACAUCCUUCACCUCACAGACGCUGGGAAAGACGGCAGGUGACGCUCCAAGCUUUCCGGCAGAAUUUGAAGAAUUGGUUCUCCAGACUUGCACGAGGCACGAUCGCAGAAAGUGAUCCAACAGGCAACGCAAAAAAUCUUCAUCCUAAAAAUGUCAAACUCGCAAGAAGUCCUGGACUGAUCUAAAUUUGUUCGACAAUGGGAGGAGGGUCCCAAAAUCCUCAGCGGCCUCUGAAGGAAACAUGGCAGUCGACACACGUUCUCUCCCCCUCUUUUGGGAGAGGAAAGGAAACACUUUCUGUGCGUGACACUGACGAUCUGGAGCCUGGAACUGACAAACUUACCAUUUGCCUAGAGAACCACUGGUUCUUUUACAGUGUCUUCUCAUGGAGUGGUUUUGCACCACACAUCAGUGGUGGACUGGCUUAGGGGAUUUCAGACUUUUUCCAAGGCACGGCGCACAAAUCCCACCCAUGCCGCACUCUUUAUGAGACCAUUUUCUUCUCUGAAGUAGGUUUUUAAUCACUGAGCACAAAAUUGAAAAAGCUUCAAAAAACCAAAAACAUUUAAUCAAACCUGACCAGCAUUGAAUAUUAUCAUCUGUUUCAGUCUAGGCUAUUGCGUUCUUUAAUCUUUUGGAAGCAGCGUUGAUUAGUCCACACGUGAACUCUUCAUAUAGGCUUAAAUUGGAAAACAGCUUGUACAUUCAUUGAAGAGUCGACACGCCCCUGCUUUAGGUUAAGGGAACCAAGGACUGCAGUGAGCUUGUUAAUCAACACACACACACACUUGUAGAGGAAGAAAAGGAAGGUGGCUUGGGAAGACGGGACAAUUGAGUCUCUGCAAAUACACACAGUUGCAGUUGUGAAUCAUGCGAGGCUCAUGGUUGUCAUCCAGCCACAGAGAAGAAAAUAUACAAAUUUGAGACCAAAUCUCCAUGUGUAGAACAUUUUACAUCAGGAGUUGUAGCCAUAAACAACUCCUCCUAAUCCAUAGGGACCCUUUUUGAGUGAAUUAAAAUGCACUUAUUGAGCAAACUGAACGAGGCCAUCACCGCUGAGUGGACAGCCGAUGGCAGUUGUUGACCUUGAAUCAGUGCCUCCGUGUUUGUAAAAAAAAAAAGAAAAAUAAGUGGCUGCAGCACAAGCAUGAAUGUACUGCAGUUGUCAAAUCCAGAUGACCAGCAUUGAAGCCCUUUGACAUCCCAGGGCUCAACUUUUAUUUUUAUAUAUACAAUAUAAAAACAAGGCCAGGUGAUUAGUUUAUAAGCCACCUUCCUUCUCUGUGGGGUGGCAUAAUGGAGGAUGGGACUUGUUUUUUUUUUUUUUUUUUUUGGCUUCUGUGGACUUAAGAUGCGUGUAACACAGACUUGGCCCUGUUGUGUAUUUCUUGUGGCGUUCCUUUGCUUCUUGAAAUCAGUUUGCUUUUGUGUAUUUUGCUCAGUCAGUCGUCUACAGGAAUUAGAUUCUCAGACUCUGCUUGUGGUUCUAGUUUUAUCAAGUAUAGAUUUAGUUUUUACCUUUCGCAUCCAAGUUGUCCUUGAUCUGUUUCUAACAUCUAAUGGGUUAAAAAAAAAAAAAAAAAGUACCGCUUGCAUUUUGUCAUUAGAGCCAAUGUGUUUG